AGACCCAGUCUCAUCCGGUUCAGUCUUCACCACAAGACGAAUGCUGUCUGUUUUCUUUUUGAAAGACACACGUCACUGUGCACCGAAAAAGGGGAACUUCCACAGCUUGCGGUUAUGUUGCAUGAUAAACAGAUCUGUUCACACCAAUUCGAGAAGCAGCUUGGAUCAAUAAAAGGCAACAGGCACCACAGGCAGCGAGCAGACAAUUGCAGCUCUCAGGACUAUUUCUUCAGAAGUCAACCCCACAUUGAGACUAAGCAAUAUGCCAGGAUUAUUUUUUCCUCACAACCACCCAACCGAACUGAAAGAAGCAGACUGCAAGCUUGGAGAAGGCAAAGUUCAUAAAAGGAAGCAAAAGGCUUUUGGUGCAGAUCUGAAAAGCUAUUUGAAGUCCAUGGUACCACAUCUUGAAACUAGCAUCAAGUCUAACUCCAGAAAUGUGACGCUUUCUGCAGAAGAGGUGAUGCAGUGGUCCCAGUCUUUGGAAAAGCUUCUUGCCAGCCAAAGUGGUCAAGGUGCCUUCAGAGAGUUCCUGAAGUCAGAAUUCAGUGACGAGAACAUUGAGUUUUGGCUGGCUUGUGAGGACUAUAAGAAAACCAAGUCUGAUCACUUGCAAGACAAGGCAGAGAAGAUUUAUGAAGAAUUUGUUCAGAUAGAUGCAGUUAAACAAAUCAAUAUUGACUAUCAUACAAGGAAAGCAACAGCUAAAAAGGCUCAAGACCCAACUUUCACAAGUUUUGACGAAGCCCAAAAAACUGUAUAUGUGCUAAUGGAGCGGGACUCAUAUCCUAGAUUCUUGAAAUCAGAAGCCUACCGUAAUCUUUUAAACAAGCUUCAGGUCAACAGUGUUAAGUGAGCAGUUUGAUGCCAGAAAGUCUGAGGGUAGACUAUGCAUGUCAGUUAACCUACAGCAAAGGGGUCCUCCUGAGCAACUGGGGCUCAGUGUAGAUAAGGGAAACUUCAUUCUCUGAAGUGCUGGCGGAAGUGCAGAUAGACGAUCAGACACGAUAAAACCCAACCAGAUGAAGGCACCCAAGCUAGGUUUCCAAGCCUGAUAGAGUGGGAAGGGGGCGGUCGAGGGGGAGACCCUCUCCCCUUUAUGCCACUAAACUGAAACUGGAUACAUAGUUAUUAAUUAAUUGUAUCCCACUGUGAAUUCUGACAUAUUAUUAAAUCCCACAGGACAGACAACAGUUUGGAAGUGCUAGGAUACUACCCUUUAUCUGAGCAUGAUGGGUAAAAUAAUUGAUAUGGGAGAAAAAAUACAUUUAAAUUGUCAAUUUUUGUACUAGCUACAGAAAUGCAUAAAACAGACCAAUAAGCCAAUUGAGAACUUGUCCAGGCUAUGAAAUGUUAAUAAAUGUGUGCAGUUCUGUUGGAUUGAUUAAAAUGUAUUAUAAAUGUGACAACUGAGAAUAGGUUUAUUUUAAGUUAUAUAAGCUAGAUAUUACUAUUUAUGUAUUAAGCAAGUAGGUAUGUAGCACAUUUUUACUAUUUAAUUUAUUGCAAAGUGUGAAAUAAUGACAAGCAAUUCCUAAAUUAAAGUUACGUGACAAAAGCA